AUGUCGGUCCUUGGGACAUUUAACACCAACUUCGCCGGCAUUCAAGACGCACAGGAAUCACAUGUCGCCAACAUGGAAGCUCGCCGCCAUGACCCUACUGCCAGCGUGAACACCGAAGACACUGCCAAUGAGAAGAGCGAGGUCGGUGACGAGAAGUACACGGAUGCCGAAGUCACCCGUCUGGCCCAGCAACUCACCCGCCAGUCAACGCGCUUCUCUGUGUCACCCCAGAAUGCAGAGAACCCUUUCAUCGAAACCCAUGAGGACUCAACUCUCAACCCUCACAGUGGAAACUUCAAGGCCAAGAAUUGGAUGAAGAACCUCCUUGCUAUCCAAUCACGCGAUCCAGAACGAUACCCUAAGCGUCAGGCUGGUCUGGCAUUCAAAAACCUCAGCGUACACGGAUUCGGCAGUCCUACAGACUACCAGAAGGAUGUGGCUAACUCUGUUCUGGAAAUUGGUGCCUUUUUCCGUACGAUGGCCGGCACUGGCAAGCAGAAGAUUCAAAUUCUGCGCGACUUCGAUGGUCUUGUUAAGAACGGUGAGAUGCUGAUCGUUCUCGGCCGUCCUGGAUCUGGCUGUUCGACCUUCUUGAAGACCAUUGCGGGGGAGAUGAACGGUAUCUUCAAAGAUGCCAAUUCUCACAUGAACUACCAAGGAAUCUCCGAUAAGGAGAUGCGCAAUCAGUUCCGCGGUGAGGCUAUCUAUACUGCCGAAACCGAUGUCCAUUUCCCCCAGCUUUCGGUAGGAAAUACGUUGAAAUUUGCUGCUCUGGCUCGUGCCCCGCGCAAUCGUUUGCCGGGCGUCAGUCGUGACCAGUAUGCAGAGCACAUGCGUGAUGUUGUCAUGGCUAUGCUUGGUCUUUCGCACACUAUCAACACCAGAGUCGGUAACGAUUUCAUCCGUGGAGUUUCCGGUGGUGAACGAAAGCGUGUCAGUAUCGCCGAGGCUACUCUCUGUGGCAGCCCUCUUCAAUGCUGGGAUAACAGUACCCGUGGUCUGGACAGUGCCAAUGCUCUGGAGUUCUGUAAGACAUUGAAUCUGAUGUCUAAGUACUCGGGCACCACCUGUGCGGUCGCUAUCUACCAGGCAUCUCAGAGUGCCUACGAUGUCUUCGAUAAGGUGACUGUACUGUACGAGGGUCGACAGAUCUACUUUGGCCGCACCACCGAGGCUAGGGAAUUCUUCACGAACAUGGGCUUCCAUUGUCCCGACCGCCAGACUACCGCCGAUUUCCUGACCUCUCUUACUAGCCCCGCUGAGCGAGUUGUUAAGCCUGGCUUUGAGAAAAUGGUUCCCCGUACCCCCGACGAGUUCGCUAAGGCCUGGAAAAAUAGUGCUGCGUACAAGGAGCUUCAGAAAGAGAUUGACGACUACAAUACACAGUACCCUAUUGGUGGCGAGUCGUUCCAACAGUUUGUUGAAUCUCGCAAGGCUAUGCAGUCGAAGGGCCAGCGCGCUAAGUCUCCAUACACCCUAUCUGUCGCCGAGCAGGUCCAAAUCUGUGUUACACGUGGUUUCCAGCGCUUGAAAAGUGACUACAGUCUAACUAUAUCCGCCUUGAUUGGAAACACGAUUAUGGCUUUGAUUGUCGGUUCGGUUUUCUAUCAGCUGCCCGACGACGUGACCAGUUUUUACUCUCGUGGUGCCCUCCUCUUCUUCGCUGUCCUGCUCAACUCCUUCUCCAGUGCCCUGGAAAUUCUAACUCUUUACGCGCAACGUCCUAUUGUCGAGAAACAAGCUCGCUACGCCAUGUAUCAUCCGUUUGCCGAAGCAAUUUCGUCAAUGCUAUGUGACAUGCCGUACAAAAUCCUUAAUGCCAUCACUUUUAACGUUACGCUCUACUUCAUGACUGGUCUUCGCCAAAACGCUGGCGCUUUCUUCACCUUCAUGCUCUUCUCAUUCGUGACCACAUUGACCAUGUCGAUGAUUUUCCGAACCAUCGCUUCUUACUCGCGUACCCUAUCUCAGGCUCUGGUGCCCGCCGCAAUCCUGAUCCUCGGUCUGGUCAUCUACACUGGAUUCACCAUCCCAACCCGCAACAUGCUUGGUUGGUCUCGCUGGAUGAACUACAUUGACCCAAUCGCAUAUGGGUUUGAGACCUUGAUUGUGAACGAGUUCCACGGUCGCAAUUUCCCCUGCAACCCAGAGUCUUUCAUCCCGGCGGGAGACUCCUACGCUGAUGUCGGCCGGUUCAACAAGAUUUGCUCGGCGAAAGGAGCUGUGGCCGGCCAGAACUUUGUCAGUGGUGAGGCCUACUACACUGCAAGCUUCCAGUACUCCAACAGCCACAGGUGGAGGAACAUGGGAAUUAUGAUUGGGUUUAUGGUCUUCUUCAUGGUCACCUACCUUGUCGGCACCGAGUACAUCUCCGAGGCUAAGUCCAAGGGCGAGGUUCUGCUUUUCCGUCGUGGCUACGCCCCCAAGAACUCCGGCAAUUCCGAUGGUGAUGUCGAGCAGACACACGGUGUGUCCUCUGCGGAAAAGAAGGAUGGUGCUGGCUCCGGCGGCGAACAAGAGUCUGCUGCAAUCCAAAGACAAACUUCUAUUUUCCAAUGGCAAGACGUGUGUUACGAUGUUCACAUCAAAAAUGAGGAACGUCGCAUUCUCGACCACGUUGACGGCUGGGUUAAGCCCGGUACCUGCACUGCAUUGAUGGGUGUUUCUGGGGCCGGUAAAACCACUCUUCUGGAUGUCCUUGCCACGCGUGUCACAAUGGGUGUUGUGUCUGGUGAGAUGUUGGUUGAUGGUCGUCCUCGCGACCAGUCUUUCCAGCGUAAGACUGGUUACGUUCAACAGCAGGAUCUCCAUCUCCACACUACCACAGUCCGCGAGGCCCUCCGCUUCAGCGCCAUUCUCCGUCAGCCGCGUCACGUUUCUCACCAGGAGAAACUUGACUACGUCGAGGAAGUAAUUAAGCUUCUUGGAAUGGAACACUAUGCGGAUGCCGUCGUCGGUGUCCCCGGUGAAGGUCUCAAUGUCGAACAGCGCAAGCGUCUUACUAUUGGUGUCGAGCUAGCUGCCAAGCCGCAGCUGCUUCUCUUCCUGGAUGAGCCCACUUCGGGUCUUGACAGUCAAACAUCUUGGUCUAUCUUGGAUCUUAUUGACACCUUGACUAAGCACGGUCAGGCUAUUCUCUGCACAAUUCACCAGCCCUCUGCUAUGCUCUUCCAGAGAUUCGAUCGUCUCCUAUUCCUCGCUAAGGGUGGUAGAACCGUCUAUUUCGGAGAAAUCGGCGAGCAUUCUUCCACGCUCUCUAACUACUUUGAACGAAAUGGUGCUCCCAAGCUUUCUCCUGAGGCCAACCCUGCUGAGUGGAUGCUUGAGGUGAUUGGAGCUGCUCCCGGAACCCAUAGUGAUAUCGACUGGCCUGCUGUAUGGCGCGAAAGCCCUGAGCGCAAGGCAGUACAAAACCACCUCGCCGAGCUCAGGAACAACCUCUCUCUAAAGCCCGUUGCCACAACCGAUAACGACCCAGCCGGCUUCAAUGAAUUCGCUGCACCGUUCGCCGUCCAACUCUGGCAGUGUCUCAUCCGUGUGUUCAGCCAAUACUGGCGGACUCCUAUCUACAUUUACUCCAAGACUGCGCUCUGCAGUUUGACUGCCCUCUACGUCGGUUUCUCCUUCUUCCACGCCCAGAACAGUAUGCAAGGACUCCAGAACCAGAUGUUCAGUAUCUUCAUGUUGAUGACAAUCUUCGGUAACUUGGUGCAACAAAUCAUGCCACACUUCGUUACCCAGCGCUCCCUCUACGAAGUCCGCGAACGCCCCUCCAAAACAUACUCAUGGCAAGCCUUUAUGUCGGCAAACAUCCUUGUCGAACUCCCAUGGAACGCCCUGAUGUCUGUGCUCAUCUUCCUCUGCUGGUACUAUCCCGUCGGGCUGCAACGCAACGCCAGUGCCGAUGACCUCCAUGAGCGAGGCGCUCUGAUGUGGCUCCUCAUCUUAACCUUUAUGUUGUUCACCAGCACAUUCUCUCAUAUGAUGAUUGCCGGUAUCGAGCUUGCCGAAACAGGAGGCAAUCUCGCCAACUUGCUCUUCUCCCUCUGUCUGAUCUUCUGUGGUGUCCUCGCUACCCCGGACAAAAUGCCUCACUUCUGGAUCUUCAUGUACCGCGUCUCGCCGUUCACUUACCUAGUCUCUGCGAUGUUGUCGACCGGCACAUCCGGUGCAAAGGUCGAGUGUGAGUCCGUCGAGUUGCUCCACUUCGAGCCCACUGCCGGCAAGACCUGUUUCGAGUACAUGAAUACCUAUAUGAACGGACUCGUUGUCAACGGAACUCAGGUCGCUGCUCCUGCUGGCGGUUACCUCGUCGACAACAACGCCACUAGCAACUGCGCUUUCUGCACUAUCGCAGAUACCGAUACUUAUCUCGCCAGCGUGCUGAGCUACUACAAAGAUGCAUGGCGCAACUUCGGUAUCAUGUGGGCGUUUAUCAUCUUCAACAUCUUUGGUGCUGUGUGCAUCUACUGGCUCGCUCGUGUGCCCAAGGGAACACGUAGCAAGAAGACAAAGACUGCUUGA